AUGACAUGUCCAUGUGGUCGUUAUGAUUAUAUUGAUUCAACAGCAAAAACAUUGACUGAUGCUAUGGCUUAUCAUCGACAACAUGGCAAUCGAAUUAUACAUGAAAAAUUAACUGGUAGUCCUCUAUUUCGAGGAUCACAAAUCGAUCCUAAUGAGAGAGAAAAAGAAAUGGCUAAUCAAACGCGUCUCUAUCAACAUUCAGCUCGUUGUCCAGAAGUACUUCGUUCAUUUUUUGAUUGCAAUCCUAUGUAUUGGUGUUUUAUUCCUCUACCUUGGGAUGAAGCAGUAGCAGAAAAUGUUGCUAAUCGUCCAGGAACUUCUACUACAGAUCCCAAUCUGGAUGCUCUGAUAGCAACUACUGCCGUAAACAAUCAUAGGGUGGCUAAUUAUCUAGAUAAUGUACCAUUACCACCAACUCCCUAUGCCUUCUCAUUUCGACAGCUAAAACAACAGCGUCUAUUUUUCGAACGAUUUGUUACUUCUUACAUUCAUUACCGGCCUUAUAUCAAAUUGGAUUUGUAUAAUAUAGCAAUUAUUGCCGUUUUACCAGAUGAUUUUUCAAUGAUACUACGAUACAUCAUCGAAACAUUAUUCAUUAUUCAUGGUGAAACUAAAUUGAAUAUGAUUUGUCCACUUCGUGGUGAUGCUGAAAAACGUUACGGUCGUCCAUGUUCAAUUUCUAUUCAAUGUAUUCAUAUGGAUUCAUCACAAUGUUCAUGGUUAACGAAAAAUCAUAAUCAAUCUGAACAUUUAAUUAUUGAUUAUGAUUUUAAUAUUGAAUCCCCAACAGAUCUAUUUAAUGAUUCAUUUCUAACGGAUAAUGAAGAUGAAUGGAAAGAAUAUUUAUUUAAAAAAUAUUUUCAUGAUUGUGGAAAAACAAUAAUUAUUCAAGAACGACGUUCAUUAUUAAGUGAUAUUAUGCGAACAAUCGUUAUUUUAAUUAUCUUUGCAUUUGUUCUGAUUAUAUUUAUGCUUAUUUCACUGAUGAUUUAUAAACGUUUACAAUUCAUUAAACGAAAUCAAACUAAUAAACAUCAACCAUUUCCAGCUGAUGAUGCUUAUGAUAAUUUAAAAAUAAGCCCAACACGAUCUAUUGCUGAUAGUGGUACAACAACAGAUGUCUGA